AUGAUGCCAACACGUUUUGGAAUUGGAUUCGGGCUGAAACAGUUGAAUCAGGCUGGUGCUCUCGUUUUGAUUUAUACCGACGGUUCAGUGCUGGUUUCCCACGGAGGUAUGGAAAUGGGCCAAGGGCUGCACACGAAAAUCCUGCAGAUAACAGCUCGAAUUUUGGACAUUCCUAUCGAAAUGGUGCAUAUUCAUGAGACAGCCACGGACAAGGUUCCGAACGCUUCUCCAACAGCUGCGUCAGUGGGAAGUGAUAUGAAUGGUCUUGCUGUGCAGGAUGCUUGUAAUAAACUCCUGAAGCGCUUGGAGCCUUUCAAAAAGGCCAACCCCAAAGGAACAUGGGUAGAAUGGGUUCGUCAAGCUUACGUGGAGCGGGUUUCGUUGUCGGCUACCGGAUUUGGAAUGUAUGUGAGAGUCAAUUCGCGUCAACGGCUGGAACAGUUGUGUUGGUCUAUCCAGAUGCUUACUUUUUCCAGAAUUCACAGCGAAACUGUCGACUUCUUCAAUGGCAAAGGAGCCGAGAUGUUUGGCUAUUGCGUAUAUGGAAGUGCUUGCUGUGAAGUUGAAGUUGACUGCUUAACAGGAGAUCAUCACCUCCUACGAACUGACAUUGUAAUGGACGUUGGUGACUCACUGAAUCCAGCAAUAGACAUCGGUCAAAUAGAGGGAGCAUUCGUGCAGGGUUAUGGCCUAUUCACCAUGGAGGAAAUAAAGAUUCGACCCGACGGUGUACGGCUGACGCGAGGGCCAGGCAAUUACAAAAUUCCGUCAGCAGACGAUGCACCACGACAUUUCAACGUUCGGCUACUGAAGGGAUCCAGUAACCGAAUGGGGAUAUUUUCGUCUAAGGCAGUUGGCGAACCACCGCUGUUCCUCGGAGCCUGUGCAUUUUUCGCCAUUCGAGAAGCUGUGCGGUCGUUCCGUCUAGAGCAUGGUCUCAAGGGAUACUUCCGAUUCGAUUCGCCAGCUACUCCAGAACAAAUCCGUUUGGCAUGCGAAGAUGAGAUCUUAAGCAAGGUACCACAGCUACCAGCAAAAGGCACGUACACACCAUGGACAGUCGCCUUAUAA